AUGGCCACGUUAGAGAGAAAACAGAUGGUUUUGACAACGAACAUGGCGGUUUUGACUAUGGAGAACGGAAUGAAGAUGGCAACCGCAUCCUUGAGUUUGCUGAAAGUCACGGUCCUUGGUGCCGCUCUUGGUUCUCUGAUCAAAAGGAUUGGCAAUCAUGUGUUGAAGCCACGAUUACAACAAUAUCCCAAAGCAUUACAAUGCUUUGAAAGACAUUGGGUAACAUCAGAUUCAGUUAUUGAUGGAAUUCAAAAGAACUAUCAGUGCUAUUCAAAUUAUGGAGGAGAUGAUUCCAAGAAUUCAGAAUUUUACAUGGUGAUGUUUCCGCCCAUGCUAGUCCAGCGUUAUUAUUUUUUCAUAUAUUCGAACAAGAAGUCAUUGCUGGAAACUAGCUACAGGAACAUGUCACAAAGAUAG